GCGGUUCCCUACUUCGUUUAAAAUCAUCUAUAUAGCAAUAAUAACUGCAUUAUCUAUAUAAGACCGAAGUCACACUAAAGUUAGUAGUUACGGUUUACAAUCGGUCUGUACAUCAACUUCACUAUACAAGAAAUCCUUAAUCAUGAAGUCUUCACUUUACGUAGCUUUGGCAUUAUUUGUAACUGUAGUCAUAGCCGAUGACUCUAGAAGUAAAAAGGAAGCUAUUUACAAUCCUUAUGGGCAAAUCACAGACGCGAACAAGUAUUUAGCUACGGUCCAUCCGGCCCACGUUUACAACAACAACAACAACAACUAUCAACAAGUGCCGUACAACAGCUAUCAACCGGCGGCGUAUUCGGCGUACAACCAGCUGCAGUACUACCAACAACAACCGCACCAGCGUGUCGGAGGGUAUCCGUACAACGGCGACGCGGCCACGACCGGCUACAACCAGUACAACAACUACCCUUACAGCGGCGGCUUCCAGCAGUAUCCGUACAACGUUAACCAGCAGUAUCCGUACAACGUUAACCAGCAGUAUCCGUACAACGUUAACCAGCAGUACCCGUACAACGUUCACCAGCAGUACCCGUACAACGUUAACCAGCUGCAGUACGGCGCUUACCAGCAACAGUACCCGUACUUCGGUUACCAGAACGCGUACGGCCGCCAACAGAUUCCGUUCGGCUACAACAACAACAAUUACAACGCGUACAACUUCAACCAGGUGGUCCGCCAGGCGCCCGCUUACCCGAGCGCCGGCGCUCAGCCCGUCAACCCGCCGGUGCCGCAUCCGUUCUAUCACACGCAAGGAACGUACUAUCCGACCGAAAUCAACAAGCCGACCCCGGCCGCCCCCGCCGCUCCAGUCGAACCGCCCAAAAAACCGUAAAUCCAAACAAACACGUCGAAAACGCCACGAAUAUUGUUACAAUAAUGUCACGUGAUCACUCGUACACGUAAUGGUAUAUAUAUUAUAAUUAUUGUGAUUUAGUAUUAGGAAAUGGAAAUGAACAAAUAAACGUAAUACACAAUUA